CAGGAUGCUCCGAAGCCCCGAUGCUCCACCGACACCCUCCUCCCCCGCCCCCGGCUCCGUGUUGCUAUCAAUCCAAGUCCACCUGAGCAGCCGAGAUUGGGAAAGGGGUGCAUGGCGAGAGCUGGGAGGGAGAGCCAGUCCAGGAGACGACCGGCCUGGAGGUCGAUCCCUGACCACCAUGGAGUUGCCUCUAAGCCAAGCUACCCUCCGGCACACACUGCUGCUCCUGCCAGCCCUCUUAAGUUCAGGUCAAGGGGAGCUGGCGCCACAGAUCGAUGGUCAGACCUGGGCUGAGAGAGCUCUUCGGGAGAAUGAGCGCCAUGCCUUCACCUGUCGGGUGGCAGGGGGAUCUGCCACUCCCCGAUUAGCCUGGUACCUGGAUGGACAGCUACAGGAGGCCACCACUUCAAGACUAUUGAGUGUGGGCGGGGAGGCCUUCUCUGGAGGCACCAGCACUUUCACUGUCACUGCCCAGCGUGCACAGCAUGAGCUUAACUGCUCCCUACAGGACCCAGGGAGUGGCCGGUCAGCCAACGCCUCUGUCAUUCUCAAUGUGCAAUUUAAACCAGAGAUUGCCCAGGUCGGGGCCAAGUAUCAGGAAGGUCAGGGCCCAGGCCUUCUGGUUGUCCUGUUUGCCCUGGUGCGGGCCAACCCGCCUGCCAAUGUCACCUGGAUUGACCAGGAUGGGUCAGUGACUGUGAAUGCCUCUGACUUCCUGGUGCUGGAUGCUCAGAACUAUCCCUGGCUCACAAACCACACCGUGCACCUGCAGCUCCACAGCCUGGCACACAACCUCUCAGUGGUGGCUACCAAUGAUGUGGGUGUCACCAGUGCCUCUCUUCCCGCUCCAGGGCUCCUGGCCUCCCGAGUGGAAGUGCCUCUGCUGGGCAUCGUUGUGGCUGGAGGGCUUGCCUUGGGCACUCUAGUGGGGUUCAGUACCUUGGUGGCCUGCCUGGUCUGCAGGAAAGAGAGGAAAACUAAAGGCCCCUCACGGCGCCCAUCUCUGAUAUCUAGUGACUCCAAUAACCUGAAACUGAAUAAUGUACGCCUGCCACGUGAGAACAUGUCCCUCCCAUCCAACCUUCAGCUCAACGACCUCACUCCGGAUCUCAGAGGGCAAGCCCUGUCCUGGCACCACCCCAUCUGUCACCCAAUAGGGAAAGCAACAGAGCGGCCGGUGGCUCAGCACAGCAGCCGUCCAGAGCUUCUAGAAGCUGAGCAUGGCGGCCUCCUCACCAGCCAAGGCUUCAUCCGUCUCCCGAUGUUGGGCUACAUCUACCGAGUGUCCAGCGUAAGCAGUGAUGAGAUCUGGCUCUGAGCUCGAGGGUGAGGCAUGAGGCCCAGGCGGUUUGUGGAUUCCCCAGAGCACCCUACCCCAGUGUCUCCUGCAAGCCUUCCUCUGCCUAGCCACGUUGUGACCACGAAGAAGCCAUCCCACUGCCACAUGGCCCUCCUGGUAGGGGUACCCUGUGGGUCAUGCAUGAUGGAUUUUAUUACACUCUAACCUGAAAGGCAUGGUCUAGCCUUGGCAAAACCAUUGGUCAGAGUUCAAUUCGGGGUCUUGAAUGUGAUAACUGGGCCCAGGCAAAUGGAAUCUGGUCUGUUCAGGUGUCACCCCACAUGUAAGAGGUGGGCCUACUAUAUGCUCCACACUAGUGUCCUCUGUACCUCGUACAGUAGGCAGAGGGAUGCCUAUGUGGGGGACAGGAGGGUCCCUGCACAGCUCAGAUGUCCUGCCUAUGCUAUGCAGCUUUUUCCCUCAGGGAAACCAGCCCCCUGCUAGUUGCAGAGAACCAGACUGCCCUUUGCUCAGGAACCAGCCCCUUGCCCAGGGACCUGGCCAAGCACAAAUUAGUCCCUUUUGCUGCAUAUCUCUCUGCCCUCUGUCCCCAUCUCCUCUUGGGCAUCAUUAGACUUCUAUUGGCUGGAGCCCCAGGUGCCAGCCUCUAGUGUUAGCACAGAUGAGUGGGAAGAGGUGGCAGGUCAGCUGGCUCCCAGGACGGCAUGUAGCUAUGCAUCGUUUUGUCCAAGUGUCCCACUUUAAGCACAUUCCCCAGGGAGAGGAGAGCCCAUGGCUUUCUCAGGCUCCCCACGUUUGGCCUUCAGCAAUUCACUGUGUUCUGAGCACUCAGGAUUAAUGGUUUCUCUCUCUGCAUGUCUCUCCCCCAUGCAGCAACAUCCCUGACCAGUCCCUGGCUGCCCCAUCCUAUUUAGGAGAUGGUCAUAGUGGGCAUGUAAGUCAACAGUGCCAGAAGAUUUAGGGGGACAUAGAGAAAGCAGGAACCCACAUAACCCCAAAGAGCUAAGAAUGCUUUUAAGCAGCAACAUGUAAGUGGCCGGAGAACAAUAGUCUAUUUUCCCUUCUUGGUAUCUUGUUUUAUAAUUUUUCUCAUUACUGGUUUGUGCUGCACACACAGUAAACUACCUUGACCAAAUAA